AUUCAGCGCUGAGAUAUUAGUGAGAUCCUCUUGAAUGCAUUUCAAAACUUCCACUAAAAAGGAGGGUAUUCUCUUUGCUGCUUCCAGAAGUCAAGAGAGAAGGCUAGUUUUGAAGUAAAGGGAAAACAAAGUGCCAACCUGCUGAGACAUAAAAACCAGAGAAGAAGAGUUCUGAGGAGCUAGUUUUGCAGAGAGAGAGGGAGGGGGAUUUAAUUAGAAGAUGAAGAACAUUGGGAAUAGUAUUGGAAGCAGUGGGAGGCUAUCAAUAGAAGAUUAUGAGGAUGAGCAGAUAUCAAAGUUGGCCAUUUCUACAUUUCAAGCUAAAGAAGAAGAGAUAGAGAGAAGGAAGAUGGAGGUUAGAGAGAAAGUUGAACGACAACUUGGUCGUGCUGAAGAAGAGACAAAGCGCUUAGCACAUAUUUGGGAAGAGCUUGAAGUGUUGGAAGAUCCCCUGAGAAAGGAAGUAGCAAUGGUACGAAAGAAAAUCGAUAUGGCUAACAAAGAUUUGAAGCCACUAGGACAGAGUUGCCAGAAAAAGGAGAAAGAGUAUAGAGAAGCCUUGGAAGCUUUCAACGAGAAGAAUAAAGAGAGAGGUCAUCUGAUUACAGCAUUAAUGGAGCUAUUGACUGAGAGUGAAAGAAUAAGGAUGACGAAGCUGGAGGAGCUGAGCAGGACUAUAGAAUCCAUGAAUUGAAACAAAAGUUACAGUGGCAGCCGCUAAGUUUAUUGAUUAGCUUCAUCUAUUUUUUGGCCAAGAAAAAAAAUGUAGCUUGAUCCAUUUUUCCACUUUGUUGCUUGUAUACGUUUACUUGCGUUUAUAUUGUUCAAGAAUUUUCUUUUAAGAUGUCAACCAAAGAGAAGUUAAGUAUUGCCGGAAUCCUUUUCAUACGCAUCAUAAUUUUAAAUCAAUCAGCAAAGCUGAUCCUUUAA